UUUAUUAUUAUAAAUAGGUUUAAAAUUAAUUUAAGCCAUGUAUAGUAAGAAGAAAAAGAUAAAAUAUCACGAUGUGGUGUUUGAUAAUACCACAAGAGAUGCUAUCCCCAAACGCGGAUAUUACUCGGAGCUCGUGGCGAAUAUGCUCAAACAAGAACCAUCAAAAGAGCAGUGCGCUAAGAAAAGAAUGAAGUUAAUACUACAGGCAAAAACGGAUAAAUUGGCUCCGAUGCUCAUCUCCCUGCCCAAGCCGCAAAAGCCGAAGGUUCUGCUGCCGCCGGGCCGCUGGACCACGUACAGGGAAGACGAGAGCGUCCAAUUUCCGUUCGAAACAUUCGUCCCAAAGCUGCAAUUCUUGAGCGUUGUGUUGCCGAAGGAAUUGCCAAGGCUGGUGAAGAUCGAACGUCUUAGGAGGAAGUUCCUAGCUUCUAAUAUCAAGAAAAUGCUCCGUGAGCUGGGCAUCCAACCUUACUGGCUGAUCCCACCAUCGGAGUACCCCAUAAAGAAUGACGUGCGCUACGGUCUUUAUAGUACAUACCCCAAACUGGACCUGGAGGUAUUCGACAAUACGGACUUUGAUUGCAGGGUUCCAGAGGAAUGGCUGGCGCUGGGGAAUAUUGAAGGGGAACUUUACCCUUGUCCCGGACUCGCGUUCAUUCCCAAGGAGGAGGGCGCCAACAGGGGACCGGGAGAUAUCAUACAGAUGCUUAACAACUUGUACGAGUGGACCAAUGUAGCGAUAUACAGUUUUGAUAAGCUUACUGAUAAAUGGGAAGUUAUGGCAUUGGACGGCUCCAAACGAAGGUUUAACAUCCCCCGUAUUCGUCUGAUGUUUAAAGCGGACGACCCCGAGACGUUUGCGCAACGAGUUAAAUUCGCUAUUGAUUUCCGCAAUGAAGUGGAGAAUAAUAUAAGGUUCUAUCUAUACCUGGACUGCUUGAUCCUGCACGGGCUACCAUUGAUGCCGCUACAGUACAUGCCCGGCAUCCUGCGUAUGGUGCGCAUACACAAGCAGGCCAAAGAUGUUGAUGAGGAACACCUGCGCGGGCUUAGAAAGGAGGCGGAGCUCUUGUAUACAAAGAUGGAAGGAAAGAUGAAGAUGAUAUUUAUGAUACAAAAAUAUCCUGGCAUGUACAACUUUGUUCGACCACCGACUAAAGAAUAUGUACCUCCUGUGCCUAAAUACGGUCGUAAGAAAUGUGUGAUGGAGGAUUUCGCUGGACGUAUGAGGUACAACCAGUGGUACUCGUUGUACGUCCUCACAGAGUCCGUCUCCUGCAUACAUCUGGUUGUCGACGAGUGCUUAAAGGUGGAGGGAAUGUUGUUUUUCACUCUAAACUACGGCAGGAAUGUCGGACUGCCUGAGUUUGAUGCCGCGCAACAGCAUUGUACGCAAAUGAUGCUCAAGUAUCUGACUAUAACUUGGCUGAAUAACACCGCACACGCCAUCAGGAUGUCAUUCAGAGAUGUUGGAAAAGGAUGGUUCAACAUUUAUGAGAAGCAGUGGGAGUUCUACUCUGUUAGCAAAUUGUGCCGGUUCAUGCAGCUAGUACGAUUUAGGAUGCAGUAUGCACUUCGGUACUGCAUCGAGCAGUCAAUGCUAAUGUUCGUGACGCUGUGCGAGACGCCCUGCCUGGUGACUUAUAGUUGCGAGGAGGACUACGAAUGGGACUCGAGCGACCUCAUCAACUCCCCCUUCACCUCGCACACCCCUCCCCUGUUUUACUUCCAUCUCAUGAUGAAUGAGGAAGGACCAUACUAUACUACACCGCCAGAGCAAUUUGAGAUUGUAAUCCAGCGUUUAUUCCGUGAGAUGCUGUACCGGUGCCACUUCAUCCCGCAAGUUCAUCCUAUGAUCCUCACUGGUUUGGUCUUCGAUAAUGAACUCGUUCUUACGUCUAUAGGUUUAAUGGAGCCCAACGUGGUAGACUACCGUGAGAGGCUGUUGAAGGCGUAUCGUAAGGCGAUCAUCCCUCUCAAAGCGUAUAUGCGGCAAUACGAGGAAUACAGGGACAUAUUUCUUCUCACUAUUGAGGAUUAUGUCGAAAAUUUCCGACAAGAGAAGCACUCGGCGUCAGAGACGCGGGAAGAAGUACAGAUCCACUACGACGCUAAGGAGGCCCUCAUUCUGCGUUUGCCACAGUACAUCACCAUCGGACCCUUUUCUCUAAACGUCGACACGCUAAAGCAAUUGCUGGUAACGAAGCGAUCAGAUAUAAUGAAGGCGUUACUGACAAUGUGGGCGGAGGAGGUGCGCAUCGCGGUAGAUGACGUCAUCAUGGCGUACAAGACCGUCAUGCGCAAGCUGGGCGAGAAGCCCAAUACUAUCGAGCAGGUCUUCGAGAUCAGAGAGUGGAUGGAGAGUAUACCCUUUGCAUUAAAGACACAAGACGAUAAUAUGAAGAAAAUAUUCACGGAUUACGAAGUGUUAGACGUAUUCUUUACACCGUUAGAAAAUGAUGACUUCAAAGCGCUGUGGGAGGCUAUAGGAUGGCCUCUUAUUAUUACGAAGCAGGUGGACGCUACCACGGAUUUCCUGGAGGAAGAGCAGGAGAAGUUCUGGAAGUUGCAUCAACAGGACGAACAGACGUUGUUCGACAAGAUCGAUAUGUUCACCUCGCAGUGCAUGGCGCUCACACUGCAGAACGACAUGUCUAGGGUUCACGAAAUAGCGAACGAUAUCAAAAAGGCGUGGAAAGCAAUGAAAGAGUCGCAAGAUUGGGGACGCGUACUCAACCAGCGGCAGAAACUGUUUGGGCAGCCAGUCAUCCCGUUUUCCGACCUAAACAGACUAGUCAAAGAGUUUGAGCCGUAUAGAAACCUCUGGGUUACAGCUUCUGAUUUCCUAAAGUCUCGCGAGGUGUGGUUCGACAACCCGUUGAUGUAUGUGGACGCCGACACCAUUGAGCCUCUCGUCAGCGAGUACUACAAGACCAUAUUAAAAUGCAUCCGAACUUUCGCUGAUCUGCCCAAGAUACAAAAAGUAGCUUUGGAUAUAAGGGACGAUAUCGAUGGAUUCAGACCACUGGUACCAAUCUUACAAGCUGUCAAGAAUCCUGGAAUGAAGGAUAGGCAUUGGAAGGAGUUUAUGGAUAGAGCCGGUAUCACAGUAACAAUGAACGAGAAGCAGACAUUCCAGAUGUGCCUGAAGCAGGGCGUGGCGGCGCACGGCUCUCUCAUUGCGGAGAUUGGCGAACUUGCCUCUAAGGAGUACGUCAUUGAGCAGUCGCUUGACAAGAUGCUUAAUGAGUGGGCUAACAAGGUCAUGGAGGUGUCACCUUACAAGACCACAGGCACGUACAUAAUGAAGAUAGCGGACGAAACGCUGCAGCUCCUGGACGAGCACCUGCUGAACACGCAGCAGCUCGGCUUCAGUCCCUUCAAGGCGGCCUUUGAGCUGCGCAUCCAGGAGUGGGACGACAAGCUGCGCCUCACGCAGCGAGUUGUUGACGAGUGGAUCGAAUGCCAGAAGCAAUGGAUGUAUUUGGAGCCGAUUUUCAACUCUGAAGAUAUCUCGCGUCAGCUGCCUUUUGAAGCCAAGAAGUAUGGCACCAUGGAAAGGAUCUGGCGCAGGAUCAUGGGCACUGCUGCUGCAUGCCCCAAGAUAAUGGUAACCUGUCCCGACAGCCGCUUACUCGACAGUCUGUUGGAAGCAAUACAUCUGCUGGAAAUUGUGGCUCGAGGUCUCAGCGAGUACAUGGAGGUGAAGAGGAUCCGGUUUCCGCGCCUGUUCUUCCUCAGCGACGACGAACUUUUGGAGAUCCUUUCUCAGUCGCGCAACCCACGCGCGGUGCAGCCGCAUCUCAGGAAAUGCUUUGAGAACAUUGCUAAAGUUACUUUCGAACCCGAUUUGAAGAUUACAGAAAUGCAUUCGAGCGAAGGCGAAAUCGUGGAAUUGAAAUACAAAUUCUAUCCAACAGCAAACGUGGAGCAAUGGCUUUUAUUACUGGAAGAUACCAUGAGGCAUACAAUCCGUCUUACAUUGGUGGCGGGUCUUGAAGAGCUGUACCGGUUGCCGCGCAACCAGUGGGUGUUGCGGUGGCCGGGCCAGGUGGUGAUAGCGGGCUCGCAGCUCGCCUGGACGGCCGGCGUCGAGGAGGCCAUCACAGAGUACCGCAUGGAGGAGUUCUUUGAACAGAUGCUGCAACAGUUGGACAGUCUGCGCGCGCUAGUGAAGGGCGAGCUGACGUUCUUCCAGCGCGAGGUGCUGUGCGCGCUCAUCGUGAUCGAGGUGCACGCGCGUGACGUCACCAACACGCUCGUCGAUGAAAACGUCAGGAACGUCAACGACUUCCAAUGGACCUGUCAAUUGAGGUACUACCAAAUGGUUCGCGAGAUGAUGCCGCUGGAGGAGGGAGAGUCGACGGAGAUCUACCAGGACGAGGAUCACCUGGACACGUCCGCGUACUAUCGCCAGUUCAGCCAGAACACGUGCGACGUGCGCGCUCUCAACUCCGUCUUUACAUACCAGAAUGAAUACUUGGGUAACAGCGGACGACUGGUGAUCACGCCGCUGACGGACCGCUGCUACCUGACUCUCAUGUGCGCCAUGCACCUGCGCUUCGGCGGCGCGCCUGCUGGUCCAGCCGGCACUGGCAAGACUGAGACCACCAAGGACUUGGCAAAAGCGUUGGCGGUGCAGUGCGUGGUGUUCAAUUGCUCUGACCAGCUCGACUUCAUGGCCAUGGGAAAGUUCUUCAAGGGUUUGGCGGCGUCUGGUGCGUGGGCUUGCUUUGACGAGUUCAAUCGUAUAGAUAUUGAAGUGCUGUCGGUGGUGGCUCAGCAGGUGGUUACAAUCCAAAAAGCUCAAAUCGCAAAACAGGACAGGUUUAUCUUUGAGGGCUGCGAGCUGCCGCUGAAGAUGUCCUGCUCCGUCUUCAUCACUAUGAAUCCGGGAUAUGCUGGUCGAACUGAACUGCCGGAUAAUUUGAAGGCUCUAUUUCGACCGAUCGCUAUGAUGGUUCCCGACUAUGCCCUCAUCGCGGAGAUCUCGCUGUUCUCGUAUGGCUUCUACGAGGCCAAGAUCCUGGCUGGGAAGAUCACCACCACAUUUAGGCUUAGCUCUGAACAACUGUCGUCACAGGACCAUUAUGACUUCGGCAUGCGCGCGGUGAAGACUGUGAUCCUGGUAGCGGGCAACCUCAUCCGUCAGAUGCCAGACGGUGACGAGCGUCAGAUUGUACUUCGCGCGCUGAGAGAUGUCAACGUGCCCAAGUUCCUCGCUGAUGAUUUGCUGUUGUUUAACGGUAUUAUAUCUGAUCUGUUCCCUCGUGUUGAGAUUCCUGUGGUGGACUAUGGUAUUAUGGAGCAGUCUAUCAGGAACAUACUAGUCAAGAGAGGUUACGACGAAUUGUACACGUUUAUUUUCAAGAUAAUUCAGCUGUACGAGACCACGGUAGUGCGACAUGGUCUCAUGCUGGUGGGGCCGGCGGGCUCUGGGAAGACUAAGUGUUACGAAGUGCUCCGUGACGCGUUGACGGCAAUAAAGGGCAAACUAGCCCCAGACGGGUUCCCCUUUACCCCGGUACAUACGUACGUCGUUAAUCCCAAAUCUAUCACCAUGGGACAACUCUACGGCGAGUUUGAUCUGCAGACUCAUGAGUGGACGGACGGUAUUCUGUCGAGUUUGGUGCGGGCCGGAAUCGCAGUCGAGGACAUGGACAAGCGCUGGUACAUCUUCGACGGACCCGUUGACGCUGUGUGGAUCGAGAAUAUGAAUACGGUACUGGACGACAACAAGAAGCUGUGCCUGUCCAGCGGUGAGAUCAUGAAGAUGACGGACCGCCAGCGUAUGAUCUUCGAGGUGGCUGAUCUGGCGGUGGCUUCCCCAGCUACUGUGUCGCGCUGCGGCAUGGUCUACUUGGAUACAAAGGUUGUGGGAUUGCCGCCGCUGGUCAAUGCCUGGUUGAAGAGUAAUCUGCCACCGAUCGGUGACAGUAUCCGCAAGCAGCUGCCGGGUCUGAUCGAGACGUACGUGUACCCCUCGCUGCAGCUGCUGCGCGCUCGGCUCAUAGAGAUCGUGCCCUCUAUCGACAGCGCGCUCAUGCUCAAGUUCCUCGAGCUGCUCGACUUCCGGCUGCGGCCUCUCACCGGGAAAGACGACCGCCCGCCCCCCGCGCCACCCUUCCUCGCACUCAUGCCUAAGCUGGCGCCGUGCUGGGUGGUGUGGUCUGUGAUCUGGUCAGUUGGCGCGACGUGCGACCACACCAGCCGCGCAAUAUUCUCCGACUUCAUGCGUGAUCUGAUGAGGGAUGCCGAUAUGAAGACACAGUUCCCAAAGGAAGGCAGAGUCUACGACUACACGUUACACGAUGGCGGCUUCACCGACCUAACAGAAGAUGGUGAGCCUGCCAACCCUUACUGGUAUAGUUGGAUGGCCAAUAUUGAAGAGUAUGAAGUGGAUCCAGAGCGGCCUUACUCAGAUAUCGAAGUGCCGACGAUGGACAACGUGCGCAGUGCAGCGUUGCUGGGCUAUAAGGUGACGAACUACAACCACGCGCUGUGCGCCGGCCCCACCGGCACCGGCAAGACGGUCACCGUCUCCUCCAAGCUGUCGCGUGGUCUGCACAAGAAGUUCAUCUGCGAGUUCAUCGUUUUCUCUGCAAGGACCUCCGCUAAUCAGACGCAGGACGUGAUCGACAGCAAACUGGAGCGUCGCCGGCGCGGUGUGUUCGGGCCGCCGCCCACCAAGCGGCAGGUGUUCUUCAUCGAUGACCUCAACAUGCCCGCGCUCGAGGUUUACGGCGCGCAACCGCCCAUUGAACUACUCAGACAGUUUAUGGACUUUUCUGGGUGGUAUGAUCGCACCAGUAUAGGAGACUUCAAGACGCUGGUUGAUGUUGGCAUCGUGGCGGCGAUGGGUCCGCCCGGCGGAGGCCGCAACCCUGUCACCAUGCGUCUCAUGCGGCACUUCCACUACAUAUCCUUUACUGAGAUGGAGUAUAGUAGCAAGUACGCGAUAUUUAGCGUGAUUCUCAAUUCCUGGACGAAGAAUUUCAACAACGUAAAGAUUCGUGAGGAACCUUUCCUGAAGAGUUCCAUUGAGGUAUUCACGUCGCUGGUCGAGGAGCUGUUGCCGACGCCCACUAAGUCCCACUACACUUUCAACCUGCGGGAUUUAAGCAAGGUGUUCCAGGGCAUCCUGAUGAUGGAUCCAGCCUCCAUACAGGACGAAGACCAGGUGAUAAGGCUGUGGUAUCACGAGCAUCUUCGUGUGUAUCAGGAUCGCCUGGUGAACAAUGAAGACAGGAAAUGGUUUACGAAAUUGAUGAAUAAGAAAAUUGAGACGCGUUUCGGGAAGAAGCCAAAUGAUAUCAUCGGUGGGAGGCUCAUGCUGUUCGGGGACUUCAUGGACAUCGGCGCCGAUGACCGCAAGUACGUCGAGAUUCUCGACUGGGAAGAGAUGCAUGAGAUCCUGCAGCACUACAUGGAGGACUACAAUUUAUCGUCGACCGUGCCUAUCGACCUGGUGCUGUUCGAGGAUGCGGUGUCGCAUCUGUGUCGCAUCGCGCGCAUUGUGCGCCAGCCUAUGGCUAACGCGCUUCUUCUUGGGAUGGGCGGCUCGGGUCGGCAGAGCUUGUCGCGUUUGGCGGCACACAUGGCAGAACUGAUAUGCAUUCAGAUCGAGAUCACCAAAUCGUACGGCAUGACGGAGUGGCGUGACGAUAUUAAGCAGACCAUGAUCAAAGCAGGAGGCGAAAAUAGGGGCAUUGUCUUCCUUUUCUCCGACGCACAGAUAAAAAUGGAAUCGUUCCUCGAAGACUUGAACAACGUGCUAAGCUCCGGAGACGUGCCCAACAUCUACGAACCGGAGGACCUGGACCGCGUUUUCCAGCUGGUGCGGCAGGCGGCCAUGGAGCAGAACCUCGCGCCCACCAAGACCAACCUGUUUAGCUGCUACCAGCGGCGUGUACGCACCAACCUGCACAUCGUCAUCGUCAUGAGCCCUGUUGGAGAGAUAUUCCGAGCUCGAUUGCGUCAGUUUCCCUCACUGGUAAAUUGCUGCACCAUUGACUGGUUCAGUGAAUGGCCAAAGACGGCACUCGAGUCCGUCGCCAAACACUUUUUUGAAAAUAUGCCCGAGCUGCAGACAAACGAAACUGUUAUUCUUUCCAUGGUUUCGGUAUGCUGCUUCGCGCAUCAGAGCGUGGUGGAUGCUAGCGCGCGCUUCCUGGCGCGGCUGAACCGGCUCAACUACGUCACACCCAUGUCAUACAUGGAGAUGCUCUCUGCAUACGCUGAGAUGUUUAAGAAGAAGCAAGCUGCUAUUUUAAAGGAAUCUAAUGCAUUGAAGACUGGGUUAAACAAACUAAACCAAACAGAAGUGGAGGUGAAACAGCUGCAGAUCGAGCUGGCAGAGCUAAAGCCGAUGAUGGAGCGCGCGGCAGACGAGACCAAAAAAGUCAUCGAACAAAUCGCAACAGACACUGCAAUAGCAGAGGAAGCCAGAAUCAAAGUAGAAAAAGAACAAGCUGUUGCAGAGAAAAUGGCGGCCGAAACUUCUGCAAUGGCUGAGGAGGCGCAAAAAGACUUAGAUGAGGCAAUGCCGGCUUUACUAGCCGCAGAGAAAGCAUUGAAAGAACUCAAUAAGAACGACAUUGUUGAAGUCAAGGCGCUAAAGAAGCCACCGGCAGGAGUCAUGCUUGUUGUUGAAACACUUUGUGUCGUCUUUGAUAUUAAACCUAUAAAAGAGCCUGGAGCGAAAUUCGGUGAAAAGGUUCUUAACUACUGGAAGCCAGGGUCUCAGAUGCUGGCGGAUCCUGGUGGCUUCUUGGACUCGCUGAUGAAGUAUGACAAGGAGAGCAUUACUGAGGAUAUGAUUAAAAAGUUGACGCGCUACGUCAACAACCCCGACUACCAACCGGUUAAGAUUCAAAAGGUGUCAAAAGCUUGCAUGUCGCUGUGCAUGUGGGUGCACGCCAUGUAUAAGUAUUACCACGUAAAUAAAGCAGUCGCGCCCAAGAAAGAGGCUCUUGCUCGAGCUACUCAAGAACUUGCGGCUGUAGAAGCCGUACUCGCAAACGCCAAGGCAAAAAUGCAAGCUCUGCUUAUGGGUAUAGCCAAACUCAAUGCGUAUUUACAAGAAAAAGAGGAAGAAAAAAAGAGAAUGGAAGAAGACAUCAACCAGUGUCUCGCGAGGAUGGAUCGAGCGAACAGAUUGCUUAACGGGUUGUCCAGUGAACGAGUUCGUUGGAUUCAAACUAUCAAGGACUUGGAUAUCGCUAUCGUUAACUUGAUUGGAGACAUUCUACUAAGCGCAUGCGCAGUUGGCUACAUCACACCAUUCACCGAGGAGUUUCGUAAAGAACUGAUGAUUGAAUGGAUUGAACACAUGAUUGAAGUAGCGGUACCACAUACAGAUGGAGCUACGCCACUUUCAGUUUUGGGCGAUGCUGUACAGAUAAGGACGUGGCAAAUGUAUGGUCUGCCACGUGACCCGUUGUCGGUAGAGUCUGCGGUGCUGAUGACCAACUCUCGCCGCUGGCCGCUCAUCAUUGACCCCCAGACACAGGCCAACAAGUGGAUCAGAGCUAUGGGUAAAAUAGAAGGUCUGAUUGUUUGCAAGCCUAACGAUAGAGACUUGCUAAGGAGCUUUGAGUCCGCGCUUAGGUUCGGCAAGCCGUUACUGCUUGAGAACGUUGGACAGGAGCUCGAUCCAGCGCUAGACCCCGUGUUGAAGCGUCAAUACUUUCGUCAAGCGGGUCAACUGGUACUGAAGCUGGGCGACUCUCUGAUCCCGUUUGCGGCUGGCUUCCGUCUAUACAUCACGACUAAACUGCCCAAUCCCAAGUACACGCCAGAGACCUCAGUAAAAGUCCAGAUUGUUAACUUUGCUCUUGUACCAAGUGGUCUAGCUGAACAGCUACUGUCCAUAGUGGUAGCACAGGAGCGGCCAGAUUUAGAAGAGCUACGUGGGCAGCUGAUUGUAACGCGAGCGCAAAUGGCGGUGCAGUUGGCCGACAUGCAGUCAGACAUCCUGUACGGGUUGUCCAACAGCGAGGGCUCGCCAGUCGACGACCUGCCGCUCAUUUUAACUCUGGAGGCGAUCAAGAUAAAGAGCGCGGAAAUUAUUGUUAAAGUAGAAGACAUAGAACGGACUUCAAAAGAGAUCGACGAGGCCCGUCUGGAUUACGUGCCAGUGGCCAAUAGGGGACAGAUCCUGUUUUUCUGCCUAUCGGGCAUGGCUAACGUGGACCCCAUGUACCAGUACUCGCUCGAGUGGUUUGUCAAGCUCUUUAUAAGAAGCAUGGCUGAAACUGAAAUUGUUGAGGACAUAAUGGAGCGCGUGGAGAUAAUAAUCGAGCACUUCACGUUCCUGCUGUACCAGAACGUGUGCCGCAGUCUGUUCGAACGACACAAGCUACUUUUUGCGUUCUUGCUUGCCGCGCGAAUCAAUCUCGACAAAGGCAUCAUCAAGCUGAACGAAUACAACUUCCUUCUCAUAGGAGGCAAGAUUGAAGAAGAAAUGGAAAAUCCGGAACCGAAGUGGAUCUCGGAACGCAUGUGGCUGGACAUGCAGCAGCUGGCAUCGGUGCCUAGCAUGAAUCAGUUCGUUAAAGACUUUCCUGAGCACACCAAGUUCUUCCGCACUUAUUAUGAGGCUUGGAACCCACAUAAAAUGCCGUACCCGAAGCCACUAGACAGUCAGCUAGACUCGUUCCAGAAGUUGCUGGUACUGAAGUGCCUGCGUCCCGACAAAGUCAUACCCGGCUUCCAGGACUACGUGGUGGUGAGCCUGGGAGCGCGGUUCGUGGAGCCGCAACCGGCAGACUUGGCCGCGCUGUACGGCGAGUCUGACCCCCUCGCGCCCAUCAUAUUCGUCCUCUCCACCGGCACAGAUCCUGCUGCCGAUUUGCUGAAAUUCGCUGACAAAAUGAAGAUGGGCAAACGUUUCGAGAGCAUCUCUUUGGGGCAGGGCCAGGGCCCGCUCGCCGAGAGCAUGAUGCGGAACGGCUGUGAUUUCGGCAAUUGGGUCUUCUUUCAGAAUUGUCAUUUAUCACCAUCUUGGAUGCCAGUUCUGGAAGUGAACGUGGAAAACAUUCAACCAGAGGCCGUGCACAAGGAUUUCCGAUUAUGGCUUACCUCUACACCGUCGCCUUUCUUCCCUGUAGCCUUACUGCAAAAUGGUUAUAAAAUGACAGUGGAGCCACCGCGUGGGAUCAAAGCAAACUUACUGAAGGCUUAUAUGAAUCAAGUUCCAGAUUUCAAUGAUUACAUCAAUUCUGGGGACAGCAAAGUCACAAAUUUCAAGUGGCUACUGUUCUCUCUGUGUUUGUUCCACGGCGUGGUGCUGGAGCGGCGUAAGUUUGGUCCACUCGGUUUCAACAUACCCUACGAGUUUACAGAUGGUGACUUGCGCAUCUGCAUCUCGCAGCUGCACAUGUUCCUUACAGAGUACACCGAAGUGCCGCUCAGGAUGCUGACGUACACUGCGGGGCACAUCAACUACGGCGGGCGCGUGACGGACGACUGGGACAGGCGCUGUCUGCUGUACCUGCUGGCGGACUAUUACAACAUCACCGUACUCAGCGACCGGUACUAUUUCGAUGAGAGCGGUGCUUACAAACAGCAAUCGCCGGCGGCAAGCAUCGAAGACUACACGAAGUAUAUCCGCACGCUGCCGCUGAACGACGACCCCGCACUCUUCGGUCUGCACAGCAACGCCAACAUCAGCUACGCUGUCUCUGAGACCAACCAGAACCUCAAUACUUUACGCGAUUUACAACCAAAGGAGGUUAGCAGCGGUGAGGGAAUGUCGGCCGAAGAGAUGACGGAGCGAGCGGCAAAAGAAAUUUUAGAAGUGCUGCCACAAUUGCUCGAUCAACAAUAUAUUGCAACUAACUAUCCCGUGUCGUACAAGGAAUCCUUGAACACUGUCUUGAUACAAGAGGCGAUUCGAUAUAACAAAUUGUUGGUUGUCAUUGGUAACUCUUUGAAGGAUCUGUUAAAAGCUUUAAAAGGGCUCGUGGUGAUGUCGGAGGCUUUGGAAAGCAUGGCCGGCAGCCUGACGCGCCAAGUCGUGCCUACCAUGUGGAGUUCUAAGGCGUACCCCUCGCUUAAACCUUUGGGUGCCUGGGUGAAGGACUUAUUACAGCGCGUGCAAUUCAUGCAGCACUGGGCGGAGGGCGGCAUCCCCAAGGUGUUCUGGAUCUCAGGAUUCUAUUUCCCGCAAGCAUUUCUCACCGGCGCGCUGCAGAACUAUGCCAGAAAGCACGUUAUCGCCAUCGACACUAUAUCAUACGCUUUUGAGCCAUUAGCGGGGCCACCGCCAAAAAAGCCAGAAGACGGUUGCUGCGUACGCGGCUUGUACCUGGAAGGUGCACGCUGGAACAUGGGCGACAUGUCACUGGAGGAGAGUAGACCUAAAGAGUUGUAUACUGAGAUGGCAAUAAUUUACAUGAGGCCAGAGCAGGGUCACAAGCUGCAGCAGGGGCUGUACGAGUGCCCAACGUACAAGACGCUGCUGCGCGCCGGCACGCUGUCCACCACUGGCCACUCCACCAACUAUGUGAUGACAAUCGAACUGGCCACACACAAGCCGCAGGCGCACUGGAUUAAGAGGGGAGUCGCGUUAUUCUGUGCUCUUGACUACUAGGAUAACACGCGAGAGAAAGAGAUAGAUGUAGACAGUUUAAUUCAUCUUAAGUGAGUUUCUUAUGCGUGAAAUUAAAGAAGAUAAUAAGAGAGAAAGAGAUAGACAUAUCAUGCCGAAACUUUUGUCAUCUUCAUUUUAAAAUAUUUAAGUUUCUUC